UCCUUGCACAGCUGUUUGCCAGCUCUCUUUGCUAGCCAACGGCCACACAAUCACAGCCGUCAUCCCCAAUAAGCCUCAGAAUUUCGCGCACAAGGCCUACGUAGUCGCACGGAGCCCAAGCGGGACGCCUACACUCCAUCAUCAUCAGAGGUGUCGCAUCAUGGCGCAACGCGUCGCAUUGAUGCUCCCCUUAGCGGUCGCUGCGGCUGUGACGCAUACCCGCCGCGCCGCACUCAAACACACCGCCUACGCCGUCGCUGCGGCGGCCGCACCGGCGGGCGCCAAGGAGCUCUACUACACCAAAGAAGAGUUCUGCCGCAUCAGCGACGAGCAAUCCAAGAACGGCAUCGAGUUCGGCUGCGAGCAGUACGUCGCGAGCCCCGAGAAGCGGGCCCGCAUGCGUUUGAGAGCGCUUGAUGCGAUUACACGGGCGUCAGAAAAGCUCGACACCUACCGCGUCGAGACGGCGGAGAGCGGCGCGGUCAUCCGAGGCGCGCUGCGCCGGGACCCGCUGGACGGCCUGCGGGCGCAGGGGCGGCGCCUCGCGACGCUGACGAAGACGUCGGACGCGGGCCUGAAGUACGACGACGCCAUCGCGCGCGUCGACGCGUUGGAUCGAACCCUGAGAAGGCUCGAGAUCGACGGGAGCGACCGGGCGCUCGCGGCCGCGGCGACGGACCUCGACGCGGCGCAGGGCGCGCUGCGGACGCUCGUGGCCGUCGGUUGCGAGCCGCGCGGAACCUAUGGCGACACGUCCGCUCGAUGGCGUGAGGCCUGACGCCAUCGACGCUUUCGCCGAGAAACGAGUUGUGAAGAAUUAACCGGUCCCAACACAGGCGGCGACGGCGAGGUGCUCCCGCAGCUGACCGUGCCGCUCCCGAAGGGCUGCAGCCCCGACGGGCGCGGCUGCGGGCCGCUCGACGCUCCCGGAUUGGACCUCGCGCGGCCGGACAUGGAGGCGCGGAAGGCGUCCUGACGGCGUGUGUACUAGUAAGAAUGAGAAUGUUAUAGUAACACAGAUAUUUGGGGGGGAAACGCGCUCCCGCGCGCCGGAUGCACAGCUUGC